UAACAUUGGUUAACUUGCGAAAAUGAGCGGUGAGAUUGAGCUAGUAGAAGAGAGUGGUUUCGGAAACGCUAGUGGUUAUGAUGAUAUGGUUCUGAAUUGUCAGAAUGUUGGUGCUGGUUCCGGUUCGGUUGUUGCGGCUCCUGGUUCAGUUGUUGUGGCUCCUGGUUCUAGUGAGAUGAAGUUUGAUGAUGUUGAAACCGGAGCGAUGGUCGCUUGUCGUAUUUGUCUUGAAUGUGAUGGUGAGGAAGAUGAUGAUCUGAUAUCUCCAUGCUUGUGCAAAGGCACCCAACAGUUCGUUCAUCGUUCAUGCCUUGACCAUUGGCGAUCUGUCAAGGAAGGGUUUGCCUUUUCGCAUUGCACAACUUGCAAAGCUCAGUUUCACCUCCGCGUCGUUAAGCUAAACGCUCACUCCUGGCCCAAGAUAAAAUUCAGGCUAUUUGUUGCAAGGGAUGUUUUCCUUGUCUUUCUGGCUAUGCAAAUGGUGAUUGGGCUGAUUGGAGGUGUUGCAUACAUUGUCGAUAAAAAUGGAUCUUUCAAAAUUUCUCUUAGGGGAAACUGGGACCUUAUGUUGUCGACACAUCCUAUACCGUUAUUCUAUUGCAUCGGUGUGUUUUUCUUCUUUGUGCUGGUUGGGUUUUUCGGGAUGGUACUUCAUUGUCUAUCUUGCAACAAUGACCCGCGUGUCGCCGGCUGCCAGAAUUUCUGUUUCGGGUGGGGAAUGCUGGACUGUUUUCCUGCCUCAAUGGAAGUAAUUGUUAUUCUGGUUAUCAUUAGUGUGAUUAUAUUCGCCGUUCUUGGUCUUGCCUAUGGCUUUCUUGCGGCUACCAUGGGUAUGCAAAGGAUUUGGCAGAGACACUACCACAUUCUCACCAAGAAAGAACUUACUCAGGAGUAUGUAGUGGAGGAUCUUCAUGGAUGUUACACCCCUCCUGAACUGGCUCCGGAAGAUGUGGACCGCCUGAUUAUGUUCAAGCUUAUGUAACUUUCCCGUAGAAUACCCAAACAUGUGGACCGCCUAAGUAUGUUAAAUACCAU